AUGGAGAAGGAGCCACAAGCCUCUUCCCCUAUAAAGGCGAUUCCACUUCGCCACAUACCACCUCAAAGAAACCUCUUGGAGCGAACAAGAGAUACAAAGAAGAAACUUCUUCCCUACCUUGAAGCAGCCGACCUGGAGACGUCUAGCCAAGCCGCAUCUUACAGAGAAGAACACCUUCUAGCCACACCAGAAGAGGAGAUUGACCCUGAGCUGAUCGAGUUCGUGAAGAGAGAUCAAUUCCAUGAUCUGUUUUCAGAGUAUGCGCUGGAGCACAUAGAUCACUUUGAUAAUCUUUGUGAUUCCUAUGGAGUUUUUGACUUUGAGAAGAAGAUGAUGCUAUUCAGCACAUCACUAGCUGGACCAGCACUAGAUUGGGCGCAGCAUGAGCCACUCUCUACAAUCGAGUCAUGGAUCGAUUUUAGAGAAGCUUUCUUGAAGAGAUUUGCAAGGACCACCUUUCAAAUCCAAGUACACACUACUCUCAUCAGCUGGAGAGAGAGCGUGAAGAAGAAGAAUGGGGAGGCAUACCACCCCAUCCUGAACUUUGCCGACUAUGGACUUGGAGACAACCCCAAGAAGAUACAACUUUUCCAACUAUCUCUAGCUGGACAAGCCAAAGACUGGGCUAAGUUCAAUGCCCAACAUGCUUUCAAGACUUGGAAUGGAUACAAAGGAGCUUUCCUCACAGAUUUGCUAAAGGUCCUAUUUAUGUCCCACCACCACGCCCAAGCUAUUCACAACACCAUCCAUCAUCACCAGACAUAA